AUGGAUGGCAUCGAAAUCUCAGCUUUCCUUCCCACAAUGGACAAUUUUGCCUAUCUCUAUGAUAUGCUCGCUUUUCCCAUCUCCACCUACUACAUGAUUGCUUCACUCUCCUACGUGACCAUGGGAGCUCUCGAGUGUAUAGUCAUUAAGAAAACCAAAUUUAUCUCCUCAACUACUGUAAUGACCUAUCUGAUCGGUGCUAUUGUAGCCUUCAAUCAGGUCAUCUUGAAUUUGUACUCCGAACCGCAGGAAACCGCUAUUUUCUAUGUUUUCGGGGUGAUCAGUCUUGCCAAUCUCCUCUACUUGUUUUUUUGCACCGUUUUUACAAAAGAUAGCUAUAUGCUGGUACUGGCUCACAUCUGCCUAUUAUUCUACUUCGUUUACAUAUAUGCGAUUCAUAAUGAAGCAGACAGACUGCCUAAUGUAGCCGAUUUUAUGGCUGCGUUCCAACUGUGUGCAACUAUGGUACAGAAUAUUAUACCACUGGAGUCAAUCAUAGCCUCACUGUGUAAGAACAGCAAUAGAACUCCCACACAUUGGUUAGCUCUCUACGUUGGAUUGACUUAUUGCCUUACUGGUGGACUGUAUCGUCAUCAGAAGGGGGAAGCCAUCAUGGCCUCAGUCGACGCGUUGGGCAUCUCGGUCCACCUCUUCGGACUGGUUGUGGCAAUUUAUCACAGCCUCUGUUUUUAG